AUGUUGAUUAAUUUAUUUCAAAUAGCAUUUCUUCAUACAUAUAUUAUAUCACCAACAACAUGGAUACAUAGAAUACCUUAUCAUAAAAGGAUCUCAUUUAUUUUUAUAUUUUUACACUUAUUACCUUAUCUAAAUUACGAGCAUUUAUUAAUUAUUACUAUAUUUUAUGUCAUUAUGGCAAACUGUAUAAAAAUUGCUACACAAUAUACAGAGAAUAAAUGUUAUAUAUUCUUUAUUAGUCUUAUUGCUUGUUUAGGAACUAACAUUACAAAAGUAAAGAAUCAAUUUUUUUAUAAAGAUUUAAUUAGUCUAUUAAUUAAUAUAGAUAUGCCUCAUUUUAUUAUUCAAAAUUUAAAUAAGCAUUUAUAUCUUCGUAUUAUAAUUAAAUCUAGUUAUAUAUUGAUAUUACCUAAAUUUAUAGUGCGAGCUAUCUUAAUUAUAAUUUUAUAUUCUAUACUUAUAAAAUUACUAUUACUAACUACAUUAUAUGAAGAAAUUGUUUUAUAUUAUUUAAUACAAUAUAUGAAUUAUCAAAAUAAUAUUUCUAAAGAAAUAAAUUUAAUCUUGGUUCUUGGCUAUCAAUUCAUAAUUACAUUCAUAAAUAAAAUACAUAUAGCUAUAACAGCAAUUAGACUAAGAAAUAUAAAUAAUAUGUUUUACUUAAAGCAAUAUUUUCUAUACUACUAUGCUAUUAAAAAUAUUCUAAUUUUUAUAGAAGAAGAUAUCUAUAGAGUAACAUCUAUUUUAUAUAUUAGAGAAAUUCAAUGCACAAAUAUAACAAUUGUAGAUGUAAAUUAUUAG